AUGCAGCCCACCGCCAUUCUAUCUCUCCUGGCCACCAUGGCGGCCAACGCCGCCCCCAGCAGCCUCUCUUCCCGCCAAGGUGCCCCGCGCAUACGCGCCGGCUUUUACGGCGAGGGCAGCUGCGGUAACAACGGAAUGAAUCCCAACUUGGAAGAUAUGGUCUUCCUGCAAAACACUGUUACCGGACGUGCAGGAUGUCGAGACCUUGAUGUCGGGCCGUUCCCAGCUACGUACUUCAACGAGAGUAGUUUGACUCAGACAAGUGAGUUUUGCGAUACUUGA